AUGUUGAUUCCUUCGCAAAAAAAGUACACGAAUCUAUUCAUUAUUGCGAGGAUUUUUGUACUUUCUUUGUCAAUCUCAUAUCUAUUAUAUAAGAAUAAGGCUCUAAAUCAGCAAAAUUUCACAAAAAUUUAUGGAAAAACAGAAAGUGUAAUCGUAAAUGACCAUGAAAAAUGCUUAGAUCAGAUCGACAUAGAUGCCAAAAUACCAAAAAAGAGGGUUUGCUAUGAUAGACUUCAACAUACAAGUUAUUUGUCAUGUGAUUUUAACGUUGAGCCAGGAGAUACUACACUUUAUACUUUAGUUGUUGGUUCUUCUGUCCCAGCUGCCAGAAUUUUUAUUGAAAUGCUUAAAGAUCAUAAUAUAAAGUAUCGAGAAAUUGCAUCACGAGGCCAAUUUGAUGUUGAAAGCGAGUACACAUCAUACUUUCUAGAUUUAUUCAGAAUUAACUACAUUUUUGACUUCACACGUCCAAAUAAUUAUUCCGUACUUACAAAAUGUGCAAAGCAAGGCUUAACACGAUUGAUUCAUUUAGUAUCUAAACCAGUUGACAAUUCUACAGUUGAUCAAUUAAUAAUUCCUAAAGUUUUCGGUCCAUAUUAUUAUCAUCGAAAUCCUCCACCAGUUUACAAGAAAGUUCUCAAUAUUUUAGAGGGUAAGAAAGAUAAUACAGAUGAAGGUGAUGACUCGAUGUAUUGUUCUGCAUCACAAGUCGCAGAUUAUUUGUUUAAUACAUAUUAUCAAGGGAAUUAUCGAGAAUCCGGUGUGGUACGAUACAGAUUUCCACAAUUUUCGGCCAAGGAAAUCAUUGAAAUGGCUUCAGGAAAAGCAGAAAAAGUUCAUGAGUUUAUUAAACGAGAUUUUUAUUAUAUAAAGCAGCUUAACAAGCAUCCCGAUGUUCCAUAUGCAUCUCUCGCAAUCAUCGUCACAGACCAUAAGAAUAUUCUCGAUAGAGUUAACAAAAUUACGAAAUUAUACGAAAAAGUUUUGCCAUUAUAUCGUGAUUUGUCACUUGAAAUCAUAUACAUAUAUGUCAAAACUAACCCUGGAUCAGACUCCUUUGAAUCACAAGUGAAAUUUGGACCAAUAAUGAGGAAAAUUGUAAAAAUUUAUACACUCCAAUAUGAUCAGUACAUUAAAAUGAUUCCUAUUAUGAAUAUUACCUCGGUUCCAGACUAUUUCCUGAGGAAUUUCGGCUACAGAAUCUCAAAAGGAGAAUAUAUUUUCACAGGAAGCGGAGAUUUCCUUCCUUCACCUUAUUUCUUUGAUGCUGUAUCUAGGAAGUUCCUUGUUUCAUCACAAUUACUGCUUUCCACGCGUGUUGACUACAAUGAUACUUCAGAAGACGAUUAUAUCGUCUCGAAUUACGGAAAAUUCCAACCACUAGAGAAAAUAGAUAUUCUUGGAGGCGAUUGGAAUGAUGCGUGGAGCUUUUCUACUUGGAUGCUGAAAAAUUGGGGAGAUCUUCAAGGUUCUCAUCGUUUUGUUGUUGAAAAACUGAAAGGUUUCGUCAAUGAUAAGUACUCUUUCCACGUUGACAGCAUUUUUGCCAUAGAUCAAGCUUCAUUUAAGAUUGUUCCUCAAGUUUACACGAUGCCGCCUGGAUAUCACGCUCACCAUCAACUUGUUUCACAAUGGAUAAAUGUAUUUCCUUUGUAUGAAUCAAUGAAAUACUUAGAUGCAUUUUGUCAAGGAAAAUCUACUUUGUAUUUCAAAGAAUUGCAGCGCCCGAACUGGGGAUAUGAAUAUGAAUCUGAAAGAGGUAGUGUUAAGCUUAAACUUCAAAAUAACCAUGAAAUUUCUGUUGAAUCAUCAAUAAUUUAA